UCCUCAAGGAGAGGGGUGGCUUGAGUGCCGACCCGGUCUCCUCAAGGAGAGGGGUGGCUUGAGUGCCGACCCGGUCUUCUCCAAGAAAGGUGGGAUUAGUGUACGGCUCGGCCUAGGGACCAAUGAGUCCCAUGGUUGUCCGAGCCGGUAUUCUCAUUCGCUUAGUCAGCCAAGGAGGGUCUCCUUAGGCCGAGCCGGUUGGACGCGGCUCGGAUGAGGGGCCAAUGAGCCCCAUGCUUGUCCGAGCCGGUGCCUGCUCUCGCUAAGUCAAUCUGGGACUUAGGAGACUCACUCAACCAAGGAGGAGUGCCUCCAAGGGCCGAGCUAGGUGGACGCGGCUCGGAUGAGGGGCCAAUGAGCCCCAUGCUUGUCCGAGCCGGUGCCUGCUCUCGCUAAGUCAAUCUGGGACUUAGGAGACUUACUCAACCAAGGAGGAGUGCCUCCAAGGGCCGAGCUAGGUGGACGCGGCUCGGAUGAGGGGCCAAUGAGCCCCAUGCUUGCCCGAGCCGGUGCCUGCUCUCGCUAAGUCAAUCUGGGACUUAGGAGACUUACUCAACCAAGGAGGAGUGCCUCCAAGGGCCGAGCUAGGUGGACGCGGCUCGGAUGAGGGGCCAAUGAGCCCCAUGCUUGUCCGAGCCGGUGCCUAUGGUUUUGGACCACUGGCUGAGGUGACCGAGUGGAUAACCUUGAGCUGAUGAACUGGCAAUACUGAGCUGGUGAACUUAAUAGUUUCUUGGGAACCCAAAUGCCACGUGGCAACGGUGGAUUAUUGGGGUGCUUGAAAACAUGGUGGCGAUUCAACUUCUGGUUAAUCAUGACUUUUGUGACGAUUGAUAUUCCGAGGGGUUGUGCCUGUUGAACAGUUUUGGGCACUUAGGAGGCCCAUUAAGGUGUUGAAGACACAAGGCCCGGUCCAAGAGGUGACGUGGAGCACGGGGACCGAGGUUUUUGCCUAUAAGUAGGAGAGAGGGGAGAGAUUUUUGUCACUUUUACAAUUCUCUCUCUCUCUCUAAAUUUGAGUUUUCUGCUCUCUCUCUCUCUACUUUCGAGCAUUUUCUCUCUCUAAGUCCGAGCCCCAUCUUCUUCGUCCGACCAGGUACGCAUUUGUUUUGUUUUUUCGCUAAGUUUUUCUUCUCCUUCUUUUUAAUAAAAUCGGCCGACCCCCUUCUGUUGAUAAAUAAUGGGGAGCUCGUCCGAGUCAGUGACACCCCCUCCACCUCCUUAUAAUUUAGCCGAGGAAGUGAGGGGUAUGGGAAUGGUAUUGGUGUCAACUUUAAUAAGUUGCCCGGAUCCCUCGGCUGUGCCUGAGGCGCUUUCCCUCCCAAGUACUCCUUCGCAAGCCGAGGAGGAGGAGGCCGAGGGAGCCAUCCCCCUACCCUGGGAGGUGUCCCUGGCCUAUCCUUCUUCGAGGAGUUACUUAGACAGAUUUUUGUCUGAUGGUGUAGUUAGGAUAGCUAUGCCGGGAGAGGAAGGCGAAGCGUCGACGUCCGGGAGGCUCGUAUAUCCGGAGCUUGAUCCGAAGGGCGGACCGGGAGCAAAGUUUCCACUUCCGUCUUUAAUAAAAGCUUUGCUAGAAGAUGCUCGAGGCCAAGCGGCCAAAUUUCAAAUAAAGGACCCUUAUAUACUUGUCCGACCCGAUGCUAACCACACCAUCUUAUCUCCACCGCCGGGAUGCACGGCAUUUUAUUACAAGGCAAUGGAACUAGGUCUAAGAUUCCCGCUGACCCAAUUUGAGAAAGACCUUCUGAACGCCUACAACUUGUGCUUGGGUCAGCUUUCCCCAAACUCUUGGGGCGGCAUUUUAGCGGUUCAAGUGAUCUGUGACAUCAUCGGUGUCAAACCGACCCUGACCCUUUGGCGGCAUAUGUACAAAUUGUUCGAAAUGCCAGCCGGGGAUCAUGGUCCGGGCUGGUGGUGCUUUCAGGCUCGGCGGGGCUACCGUACCGUCCUUGAUCUCCCUACUUCUCAAAAGGGGUUCCGCCGAGGGUUCGCCUUUGUGUAUUAUGGUGGGGAAUGGGGCAUCCCCACCGUGCCCCCGCCAUCCGAGCCAAACCAUUGUUUGAACUUCAAGGUGCCAGAGCUAUCCGACGAGGAAGCUGUAGCCGCCAUCUACUUUCAACUGGAGGCUAAGAUAGUCGAUGGUGGCGAGGUGUUCGUAGCGGGGAACUGGCUCCCGAGCUGUAAAGUGUUCAAGAACGAGCACUUCCUCGCCGCAUUCGGCCUGAGUCCGGCCUUUCCCAAGGAAGCCUCCCUAGCCUUUCUCAAAGAGACCGACUCAGAGAUGGCUGAACGAUUGACCUCUGCUGCACUGAAGGCGGCUCGGAUUAGGGCCGAGAUGAAGGCCAACAAGAUCAACAAGCCCUCGAAGCCAAAAGAUCCUUCCAACCCUAAACCGAGGAAGCGCAAGGAGCGCACCGAAGAGAGGGUGGAAAUGACGGAAAAGGCUUUGGCGAAGGCCCGAGCCGAGCAGGAGGCUGCCGCCAAGAAGGCAAGAAAGGAUCCUUCUAUCGAGGUGAAUAGUCCUCGACCCGAUUCAGGAGGUGGGGGGACACAUGUCUCGGUCCACCCUUCAGAUUUCGAGCCUGUUCGGAGUCCGGGGUACGAACCGGGGGCCUCUCACCAUUCUCCGACCGAGCGCUCUUUAUCCGAGGCACCGGUCCCGUUUACGCAAAUGUCCAAGACGGACAAGAAGAAGAGGAUCUCCGACGCACUGGAGAUCCUAUGCACUCAAACUGACCGGGACCACAUCAACGAGGUCAACCCGAGGAAUGAGUCGAGUGAGCUCUUCCGCUCUUGGAUGGACUUUUCCAUCCGAAUGACUAAAGUGGCCGAAGACCGGCUCGCCCUGGUACAAGAGGUCUCGGACCUGAAGCAGGCGGCUCGGUCGCAUUUUGAUGAGGUGUACCAGGCCAAGGAGGCCAAACGGUUGGCCGAGCUGCGCUUGGAGGAGGCCAACAAAAAAAUCGAGAAGGGCGAGGCGACCUGGAAGCAAGAGAGGGAGGAGUGGCAGAUCGAAAGGACCAAUCUCUCUCUUGCCAAGGAAAACGCUGAGUCCGCCAAAGCUACGGCCGAGACCAAGCAGCUCAGGCCGAGAAGGAGUUGGAGGAGGUCCGGCUCAAACUUUCAACAGCCGAGGCUCAACUGAAAGAAGCCCAAGCGGCCGUUUCUCGCUCUCAGGAGGAGUGGUUCCAAGCUUGGCAGAAGUCGGAUGACUGUACCGAUUUCUGUGCCGACGUGGGCCAGUCUUCCCAUAAGAUGGGCGAGGACGAGGCGCUUGGUAGGCUUAAGGUGGCCUUUGCUGAUUCCUGUCCCGGGGCCGAUUGGAAUUCAGUCUGGUCUCGCUACCAGGAGCUGGCGAUGCCGAGGCAGCAGAGAUUAAGGCUAAAAUGGCUGAAGAGAUGAGCUCGGACAGCGACUCUGACUCUGACUCCGAUGAUGGAGUGGAAGAUGCUGGAGCACCGAGCCACCUCCACCAGAGCAACCUGCGGCCGAGCAACC